UCACGCCCUGUCCCUGCUGUGCUGCUUUUUUUUUGCGGGGUCCCUGCUGUGCUGCUUGUGUUGCUGAUUUUUUGGUAUUGAAAUGUGCUAAAUCGUUGCGUGAUUCAGUCAAUUCCUUCGUCAGAUUUCAUCACCAAUUUGACGGAUUUGGUUAUAUCGGCAUGAAUCACUUUGGAUUUUUUGAGGGAGUGUAUCCCUGUACCUAUAGGUAGCUCUUCUGUUUUGUCCCUGAAAAAAAAAAUACGUUUUUAAUCGAAAAUUGGGGCAAAACAUGCCGAACGCCGUAUACGUACAGAGCUCUACCGUAUACGUAGACGGAAGCAGACUAAAUAAAAAGUUGACUUUAUUGUCGAAGAAAGAAAAAAAAUAAUCCAGCAACAUGACAUAGAACCAGCCUGAUCUUGAUAGCGUGAGAAAAAGAAAAAAAAAGAUCGAGACUCGACCACGGGCGGACCCGAAGGAACAGCUGGCGUCGAACCCAAACCUGGCUGCCUCGGUCGGUCGGUAGCCUGUAGUACACCGUAUACGUAGAAAAUACGCUACCGUAUGCGUAGCGAACAAGCUACCAUCUACGUAGCGCAGUCGGACCCGAUACAUCGUAUAAUACAGGUCGUCGACGCCCUAAUUUGGCAAAAGCUUUUCCGCGCGAUCGAUCGGAAGAGUUCUCGCGCGAAAAAGAAACCUCCAGCUCCCCGCUCCGCUCGAAUCGCCCCGCCGCCAUGGCGCAUCACCGGCGCCGCAGCUGCCUGCGCCGUGUCCUCACCAUCGCCGGCGGUGUGUCAGCCGGCCUCCUCCUGCUCGCCGGCGGCCAUACCUACGCCCACGGUCAGUUCUUCUCGCCGGGCUCGCUGCCCCUCGGCCUCGGCCUCGGCGCCGACCGCUCGCCGCCCUUCGCCCCGCCGCCCUUCGCUCUCUCGCCGCUGCCGCCCUACCUCCUCUCAGAUCCGGAGGCCGAUGCCUCGCCCCCGCAGCCGGAAGCCGACCUCCCGCGGCGCCUUCUGCCCCUCCACCGCUCGCCGCCGCCCUACCUCCUCUCAGAUUCAGAGGCCGACGCUGAGCCGCCGCAGCCGGAAACCAACCUCCCGCGGCGCCUUCGGCCCCUCCAUCGCUCGCGGCCGCCCUCGCCUUUCCUGGGCUUGGACUCGGAGGCUGAUCGCUCGUACGACGACGCGGAUGCUGUCUUGCUCCCGGACUGGGAGGUUCUUGUCCUGACUGACGCUGAGCCUGGCGCCAAGGCGACGUGCGCCUUCCAGGGCGGAGCGUCGUCCCCGGCGAGCGCGCUCGGGAGGCUGCCGGGGUCGGGCCGCCACGCCUACGUCUGCCCAAUGCCCGAGCCUGCCCGGAGCCUCCAGCCGCUCCAAGCGCCCGUGCUGCUCCCCACCUCGGCUUCCUCUGCCGAUUGCCCUGGCCGCACAUUGCUGAACUGGACUGGCCGGAUCGCGUUCAGCUCUGCAACUCUCGACAGUGGCGAUGUUCUUGUCUUUGCAAAGGGCGUCAACCAUGUUGCUGGCGGUGUCCAAUGCCUGUAUCGCUGCUGCGGCGAGACCCAUGCCGUGGUGGCCUCCUUCCCGGCCAUCACGUCCGUACAGCAGGUUACCCGGUGCCCUGCUCCACCGGUCCAUCUGAACUCCAGGAACACAGAGUUCCGUGUCACCGUGGCAGCCACGGGCGAGGAUCCGAUCCCCGCACUUGCAACUUAUCGUCCACGGCAGAGUGAAAGUGGCUUGCCGGUGGCACCGGAAAAGAACCUGAUUUGUGCAUGCACUAUGAUUCACAACGUCUCAAUGUUUCUUCGCGAAUGGGUGCUGUAUCAUGCCGCUGUCGGGGUGGACCACUUCAUCCUGUACGACAAUGGAAGUAAGGAUGACUUGGCAGAUCAAGUUGCCCAGUUGAGGUCUGCCGGAAUCAAAAUCUCUACCGUUCCUUGGCCGUGGAUCAAAAUGCAGGAAGCCGGCUUCUCCCAUUGUGCUGCAACGCACCAGAGCUCUUGCAAGUGGAUGGCCUUCAUUGAUGUCGACGAGUUCGUUUUUUCGCCGAACUGGGAACGAUCUGAGAAACCGACAAAAUCGAUGCUUGAGGCGAUUGUUCAGGUUGAUCCAGAUGUCGGGCAGGUACAUCUGUGGUGCUUUGAUUUUGGCCCCUCUGGCCAAACAUCACACCCACAGGAGGGUGUCAUCCAAGGAUACACAUGCCGUCUGAAGCAGAUUCUGCGUCACAAAUCGCUUGUUCUACUUGCUGCAGUGGACCAUUCUUUGGAGAAUGCGAUUCACCACUUCACACUGAAGGCUGGUUUCAAAAGUAUACGGAGCAUGCAGGCACGUGUGAACCAUUACAAGUAUCAGGCAUGGCCCGAGUUCAAGCAUAAGUUCAAACGACGAGUGUCCACCUACGUGGCUGACUGGAGAGAUCCGAUCAACCUUCAGUCUGCUGACCGGGCCCCCGGCUUAGGAACUGAUGGAGUCGAACCGGUUGGUUGGGCGCAAAGGUAUUGCGACAUCAAGGAUAACCUGCUUCAGCAAUUGAGCGCAAGGUGGUUCGGUAGUGGAUUGGGAAGUCAGGGAUCUCAGGAUACUUAGGCUUGGCAGUAUCUGUAACCUGCGAUUGUCUAGAAGGAUCCAGAGGCAUUAGAGAUGGAACUGUAAUCUAGUUUAAACUUGUCUCCUUGCCUCCCAGGAUCAAUCUAGAUACCAAUCUGUACAUCGCCUGCCACGUUCGGCACCUAUAAAUAAACAUCAGGCGGCCUCCAAUGGAGGUAGAGACGCUUCCACAAUUCUCACAUGGUAUCACGAGUCAUCUUCCUCUUUUAGCAAUUCAUCUAGAUUGAUCUGAUCAUGGCGAGCUCUUCCUCCAGCUGUUUCGCUUCAUUGACACCGCGACCGCCGUCUCUGAGGAAUUCCUGUCCUGCACUGACAAGGAUGGGAAGCAGCACUGACAAAUCAUUUCAUAAGGUUCACAGGAUGGCAAUUUAAGUUUGCUGAAGGUUUGGUAUCACUUCUGCUCCAGGUAGGAGAUCUUUGAGCAGGACACCAUGUACAAAAGGUUUGGUACUAAUUCUUGAAAAAAAUCGUGCUUUUUGCAGCACCAUCCUGUUGAGCCAUGAGAUCUGAACCAAUGAAUUCAGAUAACAUCUACCAUGUUUACGGAUCACUACAUGUUCUGUUGUUUGCUACUUAAUUCUCAAAAAAAUCAUGCCUUCGCAUCACCAUCCUGUGGAACCACGAGGCCUGAUCCAAUUAUUUCAGAGAACAUGUACUAUGUUUAUGGAUCACUACAUGUUCUGGUGGAACAAGAUAUGCAAGGGUCGCAACUCUAAAAAAGACUUCUGUUGUUGGAGAAGGAAUUAAUCCAUCACAGUGCUCCCUAAGAGGGCACAAGCUGCUGCUAUGGUUCUUGAAACGACAUCAUUCUCUGCAAUCCAGUAACAUGGGAACCUGCUCAGGAUGUGCCAGGUACUCUUGGAUAAGCUUUGCUGAGUUUGGCGGGAAGAAUCUCUGUAUAAGGUAAGAUCAUUUCAAAGCAGAGGGUGGCAAAUUUGAUGCAGUGAUUGCUGUCAAAUGGGCCGAGGAACAAACCAUGACUCGGGAUGAAUCACUUGUGUGAGAUUCCGAUUCGCCGAUCCAGUUCUAUGGCUGGACCUGAAGCCUCGAAGGCCGUUAGCAGGGAGAUGCCUGUUGAGCUGCUAAGCUUUCCCUCAUGAUGUGACAGUGUUUAGAGGCAAGAUUAGUUUUGCUUGCAGAGCCAACAAUCUCCUUCAUCUGGGGGCUACAGUAUAUAAUGACCCAUAGUGUCUCAUGGCUAUAUUAUAUAUCGGAGACAAGCACAUUACCCCUAAAAAAGCCGUCUCAAAGUUACGGGUGGAUUAACAAGCAAUUCGGCUCAUUAAGUUCGUGCUUGUUUUAAAAAAAAAAGAGGAGGACCCCCGCCCUCUGCAUCUGGGCAAUGCAUAUGGCCACUUUAUUAAUUAUUCUCACAAGACCUUAUAAAGUCAUGCAACAAUAAGACUAAAGCCACCAUCUAAGCAACAACUGUCGCUACUCCUAUCCAAUUGAUGAAGGGGCGCUGAUAGCCUGGGCCUAAUACCAAACAGACAUCGCAGCCAAACCUAAACAUCUAAGACCUGAGGUCCCAACCAGGAACGUCUGCUGGGUAUGAGGCCGCCGCAGCCACCUGUCACCAAUCCAUCUUCAAUGCCGUACUGCUGCACCCCCUUGCCCGGCCUCUCUGCCAUCGACACCACACCAUGACGCCUGAUAACGUCACCCUCCUGCGCGAGUCCCACGCCACACAUCGGGCGCCGAGUCUCCACUGCGCCACGCCGCCGAGAAUCGCCACCAUUAAUGUGCAGGAUGAAUCACCGCUUCACCAAUUAUUUCGUCCACUGGUCCCUCGAGCCCGUGUACACCUCCAAGAAUGACGCCACAAGAGGGAAACGACACAAUAAUGCCGCCGUCAUCCGAUCUACUGAUCUAAGGUUUCCCCUGGAGGUAGCAGAUAGUGGCCUGGAACUUCUCAACAGCAAUGCCUUCAACAAGGGAACGACACCGAAUAGUGCCGCCAUCGCCGGCCUCGGCAGUAGCCGCGAGCAGGUCUUCAACCAGAUCUGUUCCAAUGGCCUCCAUCAAGCGUCUUGUGCACGGAUCAUCCACCACCGCGGCCGAUGCGUCACCCGUCCCGAGUCCACAGCCGCCGACACAGUCCACCGACGUCCGGGGCCGCCGCCCCGGUACCAGCCCUCGCUGGCCGUCGAGUCCUGCCGCAGCACGCCCGAUGCGCAUUGGACCGGGACGCCGCCGGCCGCGACCAGGCCCCGGCCAGAUCUGGGAAGAGGAAUCACCCUCCACCGCAGCAUCUAGCCACGUGCCGGAGCAUCCAAGCGCCGCCAGCCCCCGGCCAGCGCUCGCUACGGAGCCCUGCACCCCUUGGUCGCCGCGCCCGCAAAUCCAGACCGAAGCUCCCGCGGCCCUCCUCCAGCCGCUAGAUGCUCCCAAGACGAGAGGGAAGAAGAGACCAAGGGGAAACGCCCCGCCGCCGCCGUCACUGGUCGCCGGCGGCGCCUCAGGCGGCGGCGCGACGAGGGAGGAGAAGGGGAGGGCGGUGGGUGUCGCUGGGAGUCGCCCCCCGUGUCGCCAGAGGAGGGCGACGCGGGGGUUAGUUCGUGCUUGUUAAGGCUAGUUAAGCUAAACGAUCAGAAAACCCUGCUUGGCUUGGUUCAUUUAACGCUUGUUAAGCUUGUGAGCGCUCAAGAGCGCUCGUUAACAAAUUAUGAUGUGGUACGCUCUAUAUAAUGAGUGUGUAUGCAUGAUUUCUAUGAAGGAAGAUGAUGACUAUAAAAGAAAAUACACGACUUUGUUGCCUCCUA